AUGGCGGCGGCGGCGGGAGACGGCGGCGGCGGCGGCGGUGGUCGGGGGGGCGCGGGCCCGGGCGGCGUGGCGGGGCUGGGGUCGGGCUCUUCCUCCGAGACGCCCCCCGCGCUGCACCCCGACGAGGUGGCCGCGCGGCUGCAGCGGAUGCGGCGGGAACUGAGCAACCGCAGGAAAAUCCUGGUGAAAAACCUGCCCCCAGACAGCGGCUGCCAGGAAGUUCAUGAUUUAUUAAAAGACUAUGAGUUGAAGUAUUGCUAUGUUGACAGAAAUAAACGAACGGCUUUUGUUACCUUACUGAAUGGGGAACAAGCCCAGAAUGCAAUUCAGAUGUUUCAUCAAUAUUCUUUUCGAGGCAAAGACUUAAUAGUCCAGCUCCAGCCUACAGAUGCAUUACUGUGUAUUACCAACCUGCCCAUUUCUUUUACGUUAGAAGAGUUUGAAGAACUUGUUCGUGCUUAUGGAAAUAUCGAGAGAUGUUUUCUGGUCUACAGUGAAAUAACUGGCCAUUCCAAAGGCUAUGGCUUUGUGGAGUACAUGAAAAAAGACUUUGCUGCAAAGGCUAGAUUGGAACUGCUUGGCAAACAGCUGGGAGAAUCCACACUCUUUGCACAGUGGAUGGAUGUUAAUCUUUUGGCCUCAGAGCUCAUUCAUUCUAAGUGCCUUUGUAUAGAUAAACUCCCUAGCGACUACAGGGAUUCAGAGGAGCUGUUGCAACUUUGUUCCAGUAUCCAUAAACCUAUAUUUUGCCAGCUUGCCCAGGAUGAAGGUAGUUACGUCGGUGGCUUUGCAGUGGUUGAGUAUCACUCUGCAGAGCAGGCUGAGGAAGCCCAGCAAGUGGCAGAUGGCAUGACCGUCAGCGGGGGCAGAGUCCAGGUGUCCUUCUGUGCCCCAGGAGCGCCAGGGCGAAGCACCUUAGCAGCACUGAUAGCGGCCCAGCGUGUGACACACAGUAAUCAAAAGGGAUUACUUCCAGAGCCUAAUCCUGUACAAAUUAUGAGAAGUUUAAACAACCCCGCCAUGUUACAAGUUCUUCUGCAGCCGCAGCUGUGUGGACGAGCCGUCAAACCAGCAGUUCUGGGAACACCUCACGGCCUGUCCCACCUGGUAAACCCAUCCGUCUCCCCUGCGUUUUUGCACCUGAGUAAAGCACAUCAGAGCUCAGUUAUGGGUAGUACUUCUAACGUAUUCCUUCAGAAUCUGACUCACAUAUCUCUGGCACAACAACAAUUAAUGAAGUUUGAGAAUAUCCCUACUAAUAAUAAGCCUGGCUUACUUGGAGAGCCCCCGAUUAUGGUCCUGCCCAGCACUCUAGGGCUGGGGCCUGCACUUCCUCUGAAGGCAGAGCUGGCACAUCACGGAGAGGCACGCAAAACAUCCACUCUGGUUCCAGCGCAGACAGCGGUGGCGGCUGGCAUGGGCAUGUUGCCCUUCUUCCCGGCUCAGCACAGUGUUGGCCAGGCUGGGCCAGGGCCUGGCGGUACUCAGGAGAAACAGCCAGCCACGGUGGGAACAGCAGAUGGCAAUUUCUCAGUGUCACAGCCUUGUCUUCAGAGCUUCCCAAACCUCACUGCUGGAGGCCUGCUGCCCGGACACCAGAAGCAACAGAGCCAACCAAAAGGCACAGAGAUAAAUCCAGAGACUGCUGCUAAGACCCAGACUUCGCUCCUGGGGGAACCUCCAAAAGAAGUCCGGCUCAGUAAAAAUCCGUAUCUGAACCUGGCGAGUGUGCUCCCCAGCGUGUGCUUACCGUCCGCUGCAAGUAAAACCCCCCUUCCUAAGACUGGAAUCGCACACAGCAUUCUGGAUGCAAUCUCUCAGGGAAGUGAGUCUCAGCACGCACUGGAGAAGUGCAUUGCCUAUUCCCCACCUUUCGGUGAUUAUGCCCAGAUGUCUUCUUUGAGAAAUGAGAAGCGAGGCUCGGCCUAUCUCAUCUCAGCCCCUGGCGGCAGUGCAGUGGAAUUCGUUGGCCAGCAUUCUCAGGGCACUGGAGCUUAUUGCUUGGAAACCUACUUAAAAAAGAAGCGAGUGUGCUAAGCACCGCCUUCUCCUGUCACCUCCUGCGGCUCUCUGCAGCACCUCGCUGUUCAUCACUGCCUUAACUUCAUUCAGUCUAGCCAUAUCCUUUCAAUACGGGUUUCUGAUUUCCCAGAAGGAACUGUGUUGUGCAGCAGGUGGAAUUGCCAAAUGUCAAACACGCAGCAAUAAGAAGAGACAUCCACUGAAGAUGCAUUUCCACUAGAAUUAGAUUUGUGCUAAUCCAUGUGACAUUCACACACAGACCACUGGAGAAACAAUGUCCUAACGUUCCUUGGUUAGGACUGGGAACAAUUUUGAUGUCGCAUACAAAAGUUUGAAGCAAUAAGUGGGAAGCAGUCUUGUUUCCUUAGCCUUAGAAUGAAUUUCUUACAAAGCCACUGUGCAUUUCAAUGCACUCUCCCUAGAAGUAAUCUCCUCUUUACAUUUGUAGGACCUGCCUUCUCUAGAACCAUCAGGGUGCAAGUACCAAAUGUGGUGAUGGCAACACCACCAAGAUCAUCUCUGUGUACGCUCCAUUAGUAUAGCCACACCAGCCAUGCUAGGCUAGGCCCAACAACAGUGACCAUGACACACUGAUAAAGUUCUAUGUACUACCAUUUGCACCUUUUGUGGCAAAUGCAAAGUAUAUUAGGAAAGGGAACUUCAGUGAUCAAAUUCAGGAGUUGGGCCAGUUUGGCCUACUACUGUGUGCUGCCUGCAAGCUAAGAAUGACAUUUGUAUUUUUAAAUGGCUGGGUGGGGAGGGGAGACUGAUGACUAGAAACUUACAUGAAAUUCAAGUUUCAGUGUCCACAAAUUUUUAUUUUAUUGGAACAGAGCCAAGAUUAUUUAAGCAAACCGAGUAGCUUUGACAGAGGACCACAUAGCCUGCAAACCCUAAAAUAUUUACCACUUGGUCCACAGAAAGUUUACUUGACUCCUGGCCUAAAGGCACUAAUUCCCUAUUAUUUUCAUUUCACAUGAAGAAAGAUCUCCAACCUUUGCAUGUGACAUAGAACAAAGGUUUGUGUUGUCUUUCAGAGCAGACUAGUGAUGGUCUACCUACUAGACAGGGCCACUUUGAUCACCAAAUGCCCUCAUUCUACACAAUGCUAACUGUCCAUACUGCCCUUUCUGAAGGAGUCCUAGGGAGAUAUUUGUAACUAUUUUGAGCUAAUUAGCUAUGCUUAACUCUGGUUUCUCAUUCUUUGGUAAUAUGUUUGGGUGGAAAAAUAUUAGCUCUUUAAUCCACUUAAAGAUUUUUGUCUUAACGUGAGUUUGACAGUGCUAUUUUCUGAAGAUCUUGAUAUUAAAUGCAUGAAAAACCCUUUGCUAUCUAGAAAUUUCUAAGUUUGUUCAUUAUUCUGAGACUGUUACUGGUGAGAGUUUGGGAUCUCAAUGAUCCUAGUCUUUAGAAUCAGAUCAUUAAAAUAGCUUGUCAAGUUUGGAGACUUUUUUAACUUUGAUACUGAUAUCUCACUAAGUAUGAAGUAUAGGACUAGUACAAAUUAUAUGCUUUGUAGAGAAUUUUACUGGUUAAUUUAUUGCAUAAAUGAGCUUCAGUUGGAAGAUGAUAACUAGAAAGUUAAACUAAUUUCUAGGAAGUAUACUACCCAUAAAUAACCAGACGGGAGCCACUACACAGCAGAUGGCUAGUGGUCUCUCCUUCCCUGCACUUCUUCCAUUUUCCUAUUGGAUUUGGCCUCUUGGGCACCUGGUUACUCCUCAACUACAGUAUAAACAGAGGAAAGGGAAGAUGGUGAAUUUUACAUCACAGCUGCAAAGAGAGCAGGAAGAGGCCAAAGAAUUAAAACAACAGUGUUUUGGAUUAUAGCACAUGUGGCUUUGCCAUCCAUACUGGUCUUUGCCCACUAUCAUUGGACUUAACCUAAGUACAAAUCAAGUUGUUUUAGUAACAAGGACCUUUAUUAACCCCUCCCCUUUAAAAAUGUAUACUGUUAUUUUUCUAUGUAAGCAAACUGUUUGAAAUGCUUUGAAAGUAAAAAGUUAAUAUUAAAAGGCACAUGCAUGUAAA